GCGGGGAGGCGCCGGAGCGCGCUGGUGCUGAUGCAGGAUGGCUGAGCUCGCAGGAGCCCGGGAGGUCUGAGCCGGGAGAGGCUUGCUCCCUGCGCAUCGCUUCGUCCGCCCGCCGCGUGGUCCUGGGCAGGUGGGCCCGGGACGCAGCGCAGGGCCAGGGCAGGGCCAGGGAAGGCAGGUGUGCAGCCGGACGGGCCAAAGGUUGAUAGACUGCCCACCUACCAGGUCUCGGAGCGGCGAGAGCUGCCCAGCCCGCCGAGUUCGCGAUGACCUGCUGAGAAGCUUCGUCGGAGGCUGCGGGAGGCGGCCUCGCUGCGGGCGGUGCGGUUCUCGACCACCUCCCUAGUUGUGCGGAACCCCGUCCCCCCGCCCAUCCCCGCGCCCCUUCCCUCUGCCGCCGGCAGAGAUGGCGGAUCCAGCCGAAUGCAGCAUCAAAGUGAUGUGCCGGUUCCGGCCACUCAACGAAGCUGAGAUCCUCCGCGGGGACAAAUUCAUCCCCAAAUUUAAAGGCGAUGAGACCGUGGUGAUCGGGCAAGGAAAGCCAUAUGUCUUCGACAGAGUGCUGCCUCCCACCACGACCCAAGAGCAGGUUUACAACGCGUGUGCAAAGCAAAUUGUCAAAGAUGUCCUUGAGGGUUAUAAUGGGACAAUUUUUGCGUAUGGACAGACAUCAUCAGGAAAAACGCACACCAUGGAGGGGAAGCUACACGACCCUCAACUCAUGGGCAUCAUCCCAAGGAUCGCACACGACAUCUUUGACCAUAUCUAUUCCAUGGAUGAAAACCUGGAGUUCCACAUCAAGGUUUCCUAUUUUGAAAUCUACUUGGACAAAAUCAGGGACUUACUCGAUGUAUCCAAGACAAACUUGGCUGUUCAUGAAGAUAAAAACAGAGUCCCGUAUGUAAAGGGGUGCACCGAGCGGUUUGUGUCAAGCCCCGAGGAGGUCAUGGACGUGAUAGAUGAAGGCAAAGCAAACCGCCACGUGGCUGUAACGAACAUGAAUGAACACAGCUCUAGAAGUCACAGUAUCUUCCUGAUUAAUAUUAAACAAGAGAAUGUAGAGACUGAAAAAAAACUCAGUGGGAAGCUUUAUCUAGUUGAUUUGGCUGGGAGCGAAAAGGUCAGCAAAACUGGUGCCGAGGGAGCUGUUCUCGAUGAAGCUAAAAAUAUCAAUAAGUCUUUGUCUGCUCUUGGAAAUGUGAUCUCUGCCUUGGCAGAAGGGACAAAAACACACGUGCCGUACCGGGACAGCAAGAUGACUCGGAUUCUUCAGGACUCUCUGGGUGGGAACUGUAGAACCACCAUCGUUAUUUGCUGUUCUCCCUCGGUAUUCAAUGAAGCUGAGACCAAGUCAACGCUAAUGUUUGGACAAAGGGCUAAGACCAUCAAGAAUACAGUCUCUGUGAACCUGGAGCUGACAGCGGAAGAAUGGAAGAAGAAAUAUGAAAAAGAGAAAGAGAAAAACAAGACUUUGAAGAAUGUUCUCCAGCAUCUGGAGAUGGAGCUAAACAGGUGGAGAAAUGGAGAAGCUGUGCCUGAGGAUGAACAGAUCAGUGCUAAGGACCAGAAGCCCCUGGAGCCCUGUGAUAACACCCCCAUCAUAGACAACAUUGUUCCUGUGGUUGCCGACAUCUCUGCAGAGGAGAAGGAGAAGUAUGAUGAGGAGAUCUCCAGUCUCUACCGACAACUGGAUGAUAAGGAUGAUGAAAUUAACCAGCAGAGCCAGCUGGCUGAAAAGCUAAAGCAACAGAUGUUGGAUCAGGAUGAGCUUUUAGCUUCCACAAGAAGAGACUAUGAGAAGAUUCAGGAGGAGCUGACACGUCUCCAGAUUGAAAAUGAGGCAGCCAAAGACGAGGUGAAAGAAGUUCUCCAGGCCCUGGAGGAGCUGGCUGUCAAUUACGACCAGAAGUCACAGGAAGUGGAGGACAAGACCAGGGCCAAUGAGCAGCUGACAGAUGAGCUGGCCCAGAAAACGACUACAUUGACAACCACACAAAGAGAGCUGAGCCAGCUGCAAGAGCUUAGCAAUCACCAGAAAAAGAGGGCCACCGAGAUCCUGAAUUUGCUGCUGAAGGAUCUGGGGGAGAUAGGAGGAAUUAUUGGCACCAAUGAUGUGAAGACUUUGGCAGAUGUGAAUGGAGUCAUUGAGGAGGAAUUCACCAUGGCCCGGCUGUACAUCAGCAAGAUGAAGUCGGAGGUUAAAUCCCUGGUGAACCGCAGUAAACAGCUCGAGAGCGCCCAGAUGGACUCCAACAGGAAAAUGAAUGCCAGUGAGCGGGAGCUGGCAGCCUGCCAGCUGCUCAUCUCCCAGCAUGAAGCCAAGAUCAAAUCCCUGACCGACUACAUGCAGAACAUGGAGCAGAAGAGGAGGCAGCUGGAAGAGUCGCAAGACUCGCUCAGCGAGGAGCUGGCCAAGCUCCGAGCCCAAGAAAAAAUGCAUGAAGUCAGCUUCCAGGAUAAAGAAAAGGAACAUCUGACCCGGCUGCAGGAUGCUGAGGAAAUGAAGAAGGCGCUGGAGCAACAGAUGGAGAGCCACCGGGAAGCUCAUCAGAAGCAGCUGUCCAGACUCCGAGAUGAAAUCGAGGAGAAGCAGAAAAUCAUCGAUGAGAUUCGGGAUUUGAAUCAGAAACUGCAACUGGAACAGGAGAAGCUCAGUUCUGAUUAUAACAAGCUGAAAAUAGAGGACCAAGAGAGAGAAAUGAAACUGGAAAAGCUCUUAUUGCUCAAUGAUAAAAGAGAACAAGCCAGAGAGGACCUCAAAGGGCUGGAGGAGACAGUGUCUCGGGAACUACAGACUCUGCACAACCUCCGUAAACUCUUCGUCCAGGAUCUGACUGCCCGGGUUAAAAAAAGUGUAGAGCUGGACAGCGACGAGGGAGGAGGCAGCGCUGCCCAGAAGCAGAAAAUUUCCUUCCUGGAGAAUAACCUGGAGCAGCUCACUAAGGUCCACAAACAGCUGGUCCGGGACAACGCAGACCUGCGCUGUGAGCUGCCCAAGCUGGAGAAGCGCCUGCGUGCCACGGCCGAGCGCGUCAAGGCGCUGGAGAGCGCGCUGAAGGAGGCCAAGGAGAACGCCAUGCGGGACCGCAAGCGCUACCAGCAGGAGGUGGACCGCAUCAAGGAGGCUGUGCGAGCCAAGAACAUGGCCAGGAGGGCCCACUCGGCCCAGAUCGCCAAGCCCAUCCGCCCUGGACACUACCCAGCAUCGUCUCCAACGGCCGUCCACGCCAUCCGAGGGGGAGGAGGCAGCUCUUCAAACUCCACUCACUACCAGAAAUAAACACGAAAUAUGACUCUCCACGUAGCAUGUCAAGGACUACAUUAAUCACCAAUUCCUUUACUUUUUUUCCCUCCUACACAAUUUCCAUUUUCUUUUACACUUGCUCACCCCAGCCAUCUGCAGUACACCAGCUUCAGAUAUUUGAGCUGUGUAGAGUUUCUGUGUACAGAUGUGUGCUUGGACUUUUCUCUUCCCGAGAAAUCUGAAGGGGGCGAUUACAGAAGAUCCACUUACUCCUGGGAUCUGUUGCUGUGGUCCCGGGUUCGGGGCAUUGGGUGGUCCCUGGGUGGUCCUUGGAGACUCCUUCUCAGCAGCCACGUCCCAGCAAAUACCAUUCCCUGGAGGGGAACAACCAAGUGCCAUGGAGGCAGGGGCUUCUGCUUCGCCGCUGCAACUGUCUGGUUUCCUGUAAAAUAAACACAUUACUUUAUAUUUUUAGGGAACACAAAAGUGCUGCUAUAGGGCUCAAAAUUUUCAUUCUGGACGCUUUUCCAAAACAAAUCACCCCAAAGACGCAUUUUGAAUAUCCUGCUCGCAUCUUUGGAUCUGUAAAAUACACCUUUUAGUAUAGCACCGUUAAAAUGCAAAAGCAAAUUUCUUCGAGGCAGAAAAACAAUCUGACAGUAACAAUGUAGAAAUUGUUCACUCAGACACAUCCGUGUAAAUGCGAAAAGUCAUAGCAUUCACCUCUGAGCUGCUUGCUAUUGAACCUGCAGUGACUAGUCUCAGCCAGCCCAGGUAGAACAUCAUUCCUUCAGAAGUGUUGAAAAUGCUGCAAAGUUGGAUGAGUGGAAAUGCGGCUACCCCCCUCCUCGCUUCCUCUUCCCUCAUCCUACUGGAGCUUGCAUCAGGGAUGGCCUCUUUCUCUACGGAACCAUCUUGAGCCUGGUGGGGGUAUUGCUGACGAAAUCCAGGAUCAUUCCAGCAGUUGAAAAAGGAAGCCCUAGGGGGAAAGUAAUUGACACAUUUUUGUGCCUAUGAAUAAGUUGCCAUGAAUAAUUUGUUAUAUUAACCCAUCCUUGCCAACCAUUUAGUUGAGUUCUCUCCUUGGCAUCAAAUAGAUAGGUUUCCUCUUAGGCAGAAUUAGAAGAAAUCAGUGUGGAUGGAUUUUUUACAUUCGGCUAUUGUUUUAUUCAAAUACAUGAAUCUAAAGCUGAAUCAACUCUUAUUUCCAGUUGUGCAUAUUAAAAUGAUCGAAUUCCAAGUAGUAAAGUUUUCGGGGAAACUGACAAGGAUUCAAUUAAGUUAGUCUUGUGUGCUGCUACUUGUUUUGAUAAAUUUGAGGGUUAACUACUUGUUUUGAUAAAUUUGAGGGUUAAGUCAAUGAUAACCAAACCAGUCUCAGUGAAAGCACCCAUCCUAUGGUUGUGUCAGCCCAGGAUGAGUGAGCUGGUACUGUCCCUGCUGCUGUCACCACUGGAAUGAAAUUUUGCCAGAAGAGACGUUGAGCUUUCUCAUUGCUGGUGGGUAAAAGAUAGUUCAAGUGUAUGUGUGUGUGUGUGUGUGUGUGUGUGUGUGUGUGUGUGUGUGGAUAAAGCACUAAAGACUGAAUUGACUUCCAGACUUUUCUUGUAUAAAAUUUCCCUAACCAAGCAAAGCUGCUUUGACUUAAUUUAUUUGUUAAAUGUUGCACUUUGUUUAUGUGUGGGUUUUUUUUGCGGGGGCAGCUAGUAAGUAGAGAGAAGAGGAUGAAUUCUACUGACGUAUUUAUUUAGUAAAAAUGACAAUCUUGCAUUCAUUUACAUUUUAAAAAUUCUUCUGUUUGAUUUUUUUUUACAUUGUUGCUAGUGCUUGCCCGUCAUAACUGCUCCAAUGCUAUUUGCCAUCUGACAGAAGGAUCCUUGUAGGGCCCGCUUUGCAAACCUUAUCAGGUAAUAACAUAUGCCAUAGAUUAUAACCUUGCUGUUAAGAUGUUUGCCUCUUAUUUUAGAAGUUAAAACCGGCCUUUGAGAGGAUCGCCAAAUAAUAAAUUGUCAUACCACUGCUGUCUGUUAUGCAGCUCUGUAACUCCAUAGUUGGAAAUUGAACAAAGGUUAGGAAUUCUUUCCUUUGGGCUCUCUUGUUAACAGAUUAUUUUAGAUUGUUUCCCAAGUAAGUUUUCCCUGGGCACCCCUUUUCUAAUUCUAAAGAAGUGUUUGGCCCUUUCAUGUUCCAAAAAGAAACAUUCACUUGUAGUUCCAUAUUUCUUGAUCUCUAUAAGGGACUCACAAAAUUCAGUUUACUUUUAUUCACAGAGAAAGUUGGCUUUGAUGUCUCUUAAAGAUAAUCCUGCUAGUUGCUGAUCAGCCAGUCAGCUCACCUAGCUUCAGUCUUUAUAGGACCUCUAAACUAAUUUUCCUACACUGUGACUAAAAGGUAGGCAGAUCAUGGGAAUGGAUUACACAGUAUAUUCCAAUGGAUCCCUAAUAUUACUUUGUUUAAUAAGGUAAUAUCAGGACCACAUAUUCUGUAGGCCUCUUUUGUUAAAAGCCACAUUUAUGCAAUUUUCACUUUUUUAGACUAUUGUUCCUUUACAUUUGUACUCCAGAUGUAAAAACCACACUUGUGAAUGGCUGAGCCUAUGAUUAUAUUUUCAGUUGUAUGCUGCUUUUUGCGAGUGUGUGUGUGCUUGUGUGCGUGUGUUUCUCCUCUCUGAAUAAUUUUAUAUUUCAUGCUACUUCUUGAAAGUUGACUCUUUGAUGCUAAAAGGGAAUAACCAGAUGAUUUCUAAAAAUAAUGUCUCCCUGCAGGAUGGUGGAUUGUUAAAUUAGAGGAAUGCUGUUUGCUUUAUCAACAUUUGUGGUCGGAGACUAAAAUAUAUUAAUGCCAAGUGUGUUUUGGUCAAUAACUGGAGAAUUCUGUAUAAAUGCAUCAUCGCUUCCAAUGUUUUACAGUUUGCCAUGUGGAAUGGCAGGUAGUACAGAGAAAAAUAAGUGUGGAUUAAGACUUUUAAAGGAAAUAGUAUCAUAUGAUUAAGAAAAUUAGAAUUCGUAGAAAUAUUGGGAUAAGUGAAGAAAUAAAAAUGUCUGUCUAGAAUGUAGCAUCUAGAGAGUUUUUGAAGCCCUACCUUCACAUCAGGACGUGAUAUUCCUGUCCAAAGCCAGACUAAGCCAUCAGCAAGAUUCAUGGGGGGAUUAUUACCUCUCCUUUCCUAGAGGAAUAACCGAAAGCAAAUAAAAAUUCUUAACAGUCCCCUCUUUGAAGUGUAUUUUUUAAGCAGGGUGGAAAACAUUUAGACUCUGGCUUUAUGACACAUUAGGGAAAUUGUUUGUGGCAGGGGGCAGGAGGUGGCAGACCAGGAGGAUUUCACUUAUAGAUUGUCUCACCCGCAUAUUGUGAGCAAGCUAAAGGAACCAUCACAGUCUAAAAUGCCUUCAUUGAACAAUAACAGUUUAGACUUUUUAGAAAGUAUUGAAUAAGGGUCAGGUAACAGCCGAAGGCAGUACCGCUCCGUGAAGUCUGCUUACACAUUUACAAAUUGUCCAUCAGUUUAAAAUACUUUUCACCGUGUGCGGAUAUAAGGGGAAUAGGGCACUCUGUAGAAUUAUACAUGUCUAGUUUGUAAAGUAUGUCGUGUGUACUGCAGAUGUAUGUUCUCUGGGCUUUGUGUAUCUGUACAGUAGCUUUCAUUAAAAAAAAUCGUGGACUAACUUGUUUCGGUGGUGUGAGGGGGAGAAGGGCAGUUUAUAUCAAGUGACGAUGCUGUAAUAUAGUACAUGUAACAAAAGAUCUGGAGUAACCCUCCCCUGGCCCAUGGAAAAGUUUGGUUAUCUUCUAGGUUCUAAAAUGAAGAUAUAUGGAUACUCUGGCGGACUGCAUGUUGUAUAAUUUGAAAAAUACUAAAAGUGGAAAAUAAAAUUGAAUUAAACUUUG